AUGUCUCUCAAGGCCGGCGACAGCUUCCCCGAGGGUGUUACCUUCUCCUAUAUCCCCUGGUCCGAGGAGUCCAGCGAGAUCACCUCUUGCGGUAUCCCCAUCAACUUCUACGCCUCCAAGGAGUGGGCCAACAAGAAGGUCAUCCUCUUCGCUCUGCCCGGUGCCUUCACCCCCGUCUGCUCCGCCAACCACGUCCCCGAGUACAUCCAGAAGCUCCCUGAGCUCCGCGCCAAGGGCGUCGACGCCGUCGCUGUCCUGGCCUACAACGAUGCCUACGUCAUGAGCGCCUGGGGCAAGGCUAACGGUGUCACCGGCGACGACAUUCUCUUCCUGUCCGACCCCGAUGCCAAGUUCUCCAAGUCCAUCGGCUGGGCCGAUGCCGAGGGCCGUACCUACCGCUACGCCCUGGUCAUCGACCACGGCAAGGUCACCUACGCCGCCAAGGAGAAGGAGAAGAACGUUCUCGAGGUCACCUCCGCGGACCACGUCUACAAGCAGCUGUAA